CUUUUCAGAGAAACAGCUGCCUCACUGCUCCAGUGCCUGGUUCAUGACAGUACUGUCCAUAUCCUCCGCCACGCUGACCGCUCAAAUCAUCUUGCACUGGAGCAAUGCUGUUUGCACUCAUGGGAUACCAGGUCAUUCCCUCUCUGAUCCUUUCUUGCAUCUCCCAUUUCUCCAUGUGACAGUGAUGCUUCCAGACAGCAUGGGACUGCCGGCUUUUUGGAUUGGAGAAGUGCAUGCUCCAUGUGGCUCUGAAUAACUGCUUUUCCUGGAAAACCUGGAGCCUACAGAAAUCAGACCAGAUGUGCUCUCCUGGGAGCAGGGGGAGCCAGAUGCUGCAAACAGGUCUGGUGUGUCCUCUGGAGGUGUCAGUUAGUUCAGGGAGUAUCCAGGUUGCCCGAGGCCAGACAGCAGUGUUGCCCUGCACCUUCACCACUAACGCUGCUCUCACUAACCUUAAUGUCAUCUGGAUGGUCAUUCCUCUUUCCAACGCCAACCAGCCUCAACAGGUUAUUCUCUACCAAGGGGGUCAGAUAUUUGGUGGUGCACCCCAGUUCUAUGGGCGAGUGGGGUUUGCUGUGACAAUGCCAACCACCAGUGCCUCCAUCUUCAUCAACAACACUCAGCUGUCGGAUACUGGCACCUACCAGUGUUUGGUCAACAAUCUUCCCGACCGAGGCGUCAGGAAUAUUGGAGUCAUUGGACUUACUGUCUUGGUUCCUCCUUCUGCCCCGCUUUGCAGAAUCCAGGGGUCCCUGGACGUGGGCAGCGAUAUCACACUGACCUGCAGCUCGGAAGAAGGCAUCCCCCGGCCAACAUACCUCUGGGAGAAACUGGACAAUGUCCCCAAGUUGCCCCCAACUGCCACACAAGACCAAGUCCAGGGCACUGUCACUCUCCGAAAUAUCAGCACUGUGUCCUCAGGUCUUUACCAAUGUGUGGCUUCAAAUGCCAUUGGAACCAGCACUUGCCUUCUGGACCUGCAAGUCAUUGCACCUCACCCACGGAGUAUCGGCCUGAUUGCAGGAGCGGUGGCCACAGGUGCUGUUGUGCUCGUUGUUUGCAUUGUGUUGGUGGCUGUAGCACUGUUCUACUGGAAAAAUAAACACAAAGAAGAAGAAGAGGAGGAAAUUCCCAAUGAGAUAAGAGAGGAUGAACUACCACCCAAAUGCUCCUCUGCCGCAAAGACGUUCCACGCUGAUGCGUCCUCAUCAGAGAACGACACCCUCACCUCCUCCAACACCUACAACAGCCGCUACUGGAACGACCCCAAAGCCAACCACGCCACAGACUCCUUCACCCGCUUCAGCAACAGCAACGAUGCUCACCAGCCCCCCUUCUCCCGCUCAGGGAGCACGAGUGCCCGCCCCGUCUACGCCAAUGGUGGCCACCCGUCCCCGGCUCCCCCUAAGACACUGGUGGUGACGGCCAGCACGGCGCCGUCGCCUCAGGAGGUGAUCCGGAGCAAUGGCUCGGUCAGCAGGAAGCCACGGCUGCCGCACACCCGUUCCUAUGCAGUCAGCCAGGCCACGCUGGAGCGGAUCGGGGCUGUCCCCGUCAUGGUGCCCGCCCAGAGCCGGGCUGGCUCCCUGGUGUAGGACCGUGUUGGUGGCUGAGAGCUGAGCAAGGGGCCUCUCAUUCCCGGUGGGGCGAAGAGACCCUACUCCUUCCUGAAAGGCAGCGAGGUGGUGGGGGGAUCACUCACUUACCUCUCCACCUGCCCUCCCGUCUCGAGGCUGCUGCCAGCUGGUGGGACAGCCCUGGCCAAGCCGCUUUCCCCCCAGCUGCCGGAGCUCCUCGUGCCAAUGGACGCCACAGAUGUGCCAAGGCCAGAGGAGCAGGGAGGUCGGGGUGUGCUCCCGGGCUGCUGGGCCCCAGCUGGGACAUGCACUCGGGCCUGACCCUGGGGGGAGCUUUUGCUUUUAUUACCUGUUGGUUUUGUUGGGGACUGAUUCCAUCCAUUUGGGUCUUUCAGGGAGGUUGGGGAGAUAUAUAUAUAUAUAUAUUAUUUUUUUCCAUUGUUGUUGCUGUUUUGUUUCCAAGAGGAUGAUGACCUGUGUUGGGGCAGGGAAGGCUGCUCAGCCCCAGCUUCCCAUGGCCCUGGCUCCGCUGUUGGAUUAGGGAGUACUGUGCACUGGGGCUGGGUGUGGGGAAGCAUGGAACAGGCUGGAGGGGCGAGAUGAAGGCACAGCCACCAGCCCAGGCAAGGGGAUGGUUGGCUGAGGGUGUGGGCCAGGAAGCAUUUGUCUUUAUUUUUUGAAGUUCUUCCCCCCACCUCAGCACACACAGAAACACACAGGCACACACA